AUGACUGAAUACGAUUACUCCCCGGACGCAGUCGAAAGGUAUCUAGACAAGCAGGCUGGAAUUGCACGCUGGGUCGACAACAACCGCAAGUGCGAGCCUGCAAAUCCUUUCGAGCCUAUUCCUGGUGAACAUGCUCCUUCGGAGACAUAUUUUCAGUCGUCUACCCCUCCACAGUUUCCCCAAGCUCAGCACCACCAUUAUCCGUCACAGCAGCCUUCGUAUCAGGUGCAGCAGCCUUAUCCUGUGUACUACGCCACGGCUCAGGGUGUGAUAUCGCCUACCUAUGGAGGGCCUUCGAAGCGACAUCACCGCAAGCAUCAUCACACUGGCAGCCACCAUCCAAGUGGAAGCAAGAGCCUGCGUCCGAGCCCGCACACAGCGUCUGCGGCGCUACCCUUGGCGCCGGUAGGUCUGACGUACGCCCCAACGCCGCAACGGUCAGUCAGCACACCCCCCAACAUGCCAGUGCAGUCAUACUUCGGCUAUCAACCCGUGCAGCAGCAGAUGGUGUACCCUGCAUCUUCAACAUCAAUGGUUUCACCUCCUGCCACCAUGCAGAUGCAUUCACAGGUGCAAGGGUUUCCUUUCCCUCCACAGCAACUCGUUACAUCUCCUCCGGCGCUUGCCCCUGCUAUUUCACAUUCGACGUCGUAUUCUUCGAAGCCGUCAUCUUCUUCACAUACUCGUCGUUCCCGGUCUCAUUCCCGAGACAGGUAUACCCGCUCACGGGCUCCCCAUGGCACAAGCAAUCAAUACCCUACCUCCCCUCCCAUCUCAUACGGAAUGCAAACAAUGGGACCAUACGGCCCUCAACAGUUCGUGACAUCACCAACACAUCAACCCAUGGUUGUUCCCAUCCAUGGCGGUCGCAGUGGUUACAUUGUUGUGCCUGCAGGUCAGAGCGCUGUUAUUACCGGUGCCGGCGCCCAACCAUCAUACUAUACGCCGAAAGACUACUCAUACAAUAGCGGAACGUACAGAUACCCGGACUCUGAUUCGGAAUCUGAUUCCGACUCGGAGAUGGGUGAUGGAUUCGUGCACGUUCAUGGGCAUGGGCCCGGGCCCCACAGCGGGACCGGAUAUGACCAGGAGCACGGGCACGGUCCAGGUUCGUUCUUCGGGAGCUUCAAGAAACUCGGUACAAGCUUGAUCGGGCACAAGAAGAGUUCGAGUACCAUAUCAAAGAGGAGGAGGCGACGAGAUAGCCAUUGA